GCAACAACUGUAAAACACGACUUAGCCACAAAAACUGAGCGUUGAAAAUUGUGUGUAAGUGUUUGUAUCGAUCGGUUGAGAAGUGCCUCUCUUGUUUUCGGAUUCUUUCUCUCUCUUUCUCUUUCUUUAUUCUUUUUUUUUUUCACUUUCUUCUUCCUUUUGUUUUUUUCUCACCUUCUCUUCUCUUCUUUCAUGGCGAUCGGUGAAAAUCCAGAUAUUUGAUUUAACUUUAAACUCUGUAUAAUCUAUAUGUGUAUUAGUGUGUAGGUGGUUAAAUAAUCUUCCUCAUGAAGUUAUCGCCUCUGAGUUUCUCAUCGCGAUCGAGUUUCAGUCACGCCGAUGGAAUCGACGACGGCGUGGAGUUAAGACCAUCUCCAGUCGCCGGCGGCGCAAUGCUGCCGGUUUUUCUCAACGAUUUGAGUCGUAAUGAAGACUCCGGAAGCGGAAGCAGCUGGGAUAGAGAGCUCGUGGAGGUGACUCUGGAGCUCGACGGCGACGACUCCAUUGUCGUCUGCGAAAUGUCAGAAGCGGCGGCGGAGGCGGCGGCGUCUGUUGAUUCUCGGCCGAGAUCGGUGGACGUGGCGGGAAGAUUAACGAGGAGUCUAUCGACGGCGUCUUCGAGGAUCCGGCAGAAACUGGGGAGGCUAUUGAGGUCGGAUUCGACGAGAACGACGACUUCUUCAAUCGCCGGCGAGAGAGAUGUCGAGCGACAGGCGGCGGAGACGCCGAUUAUGACGGCGAGGGAUAAACGGAAGGAGAACGCGAAAUUGCAGCGAUCGACGUCGAGCGCACAGAGAGCGCUAAAGGGGUUACAGUUCAUUAACAAGACCACGAAGGGAAACAGCUGCGAUUGCGAUUGGGAUUGCGAUUGCGAUCAGAUGUGGAAGAAAGUCGAGAAGAGAUUCGAAUCGCUCUCUAAUGAAGGAUUGCUCGCGCGAGAGGAUUUUGGAGAGUGCGUUGGGAUGAAGGAUUCGAAGGAAUUCGCGGUGAGUGUAUUCGACGCGUUGGCAAGAAGAAGAAGGCAGAAACUGGAGAAGGUGACGAAAGAUGAGCUUCACGAUUUCUGGUUACAGAUUUCUGAUCAAAGCUUCGACGCGCGUCUUCAAAUUUUCUUCGAUAUGGCUGAUAGCAACGAAGACGGGAAGAUUACUAGAGAAGAAAUCAAAGAACUUUUAAUGUUAAGCGCAUCAGCAAACAAGUUAGCAAAACUCAAGGAACAAGCAGAAGAGUACGCAUCUCUGAUCAUGGAAGAACUUGAUCCAGAGAAUUUUGGAUACAUUGAGUUAUGGCAACUCGAGACACUCUUACUUCAGAGAGACGCAUACAUGAAUUACAGUAGACCGCUUAGCACAACAAGCGUUGGAAUGAGCACACCAAGACGGAAUCUAACUAAACCUCGUCAUGUGGUUCGAAAAUGUAGACAAACACUUCAGUGUCUGGUUUUAGAUAACUGGCAAAGAAGCUGGGUUCUGUUACUGUGGUUCAUUCUUAUGGCUAUUCUCUUCGUGUGGAAGUUCUUACAGUACAGAGACAAAGCUGCUUUCAAGGUCAUGGGUUAUUGUGUAACCACUGCCAAAGGAGCUGCAGAGACUCUCAAGCUCAAUAUGGCUCUGGUUCUGUUACCUGUGUGUAGAAACACAUUGACCUGGCUGAGAUCUACACGUGCUCGAGCUUUUGUUCCUUUUGAUGAUAACAUCAAUUUCCAUAAGAUUAUUGCUUGUGCCAUAGUGAUUGGGAUACUUGUUCAUGCUGGCACUCAUUUGGCGUGUGAUUUUCCCCGAAUCAUAAACUCGAGUCCAGAAGAAUUCGCCUUGAUCGCUUCUUCCUUUAAUGGUACUAAGCCUACUUUCAAAGACUUGAUGACUGGUGCGGAAGGGAUCACCGGAAUCUCGAUGGUGAUCUUGACAACCAUCGCGUUCACAUUAGCAUCAACACAUUUCAGGAGAAACCGUGUGAAGCUACCGGCACCACUUGAUCGGUUGACUGGCUUUAACGCAUUCUGGUACACUCAUCACCUUCUAGUGGUUGUCUACAUUAUGCUCAUUGUGCACGGGACCUUCCUCUUCUUCGCUGACAAGUGGUAUCAGAAAACUACUUGGAUGUACAUCUCGGUUCCUCUGGUGCUCUAUGUGGCAGAACGAAGUCUACGAGCUUGUAGGUCCAAGUAUUACUCUGUCAAAAUCCUCAAGGUUUCCAUGCUACCUGGGGAAGUACUCAGCUUAAUCAUGUCAAAGCCUCCAGGAUUUAAGUACAAAAGCGGUCAAUACAUAUUCUUGCAGUGUCCAACAAUCUCUCGAUUUGAAUGGCACCCAUUUUCUAUUACCUCUGCGCCAGGAGAUGACCAACUUAGCGUUCACAUCCGAACACUCGGAGACUGGACAGAGGAGCUACAACGAGUUCUAACAAUGGGCAAAGAUCUUUCAACAUGCGUGAUUGGGCGAUCAAAAUUCUCUGCCUAUUGCAAUAGUGAUCCAUCAGAACGACCGAAAUUACUAGUAGACGGUCCAUAUGGAGCUCCAGCACAGGACUACAGAAGUUAUGAUGUCUUACUCCUCAUUGGAUUGGGAAUAGGAGCUACUCCUUUCAUAAGCAUCCUGAAGGAUCUCCUGAACAAUUCAAGAGAAGAACAUACAGACAAUGAGUUCAGCAGAUCAGAUUUCAGCUGGAAUAGCUUCACAUCUUCAUAUACCACAACAACUCCAACUUCAACACAAGGAGGGAAAAAGAAAGCAGUGAAGGCUCACUUCUACUGGGUCACAAGGGAGCCAGGAUCCGUCGAAUGGUUUAGAGGAGUAAUGGAGGAAAUAUCAGACAUGGACUGCAGAGGCCAGAUUGAGUUGCACAACUACCUUACGAGCGUAUAUGACGAAGGCGAUGCAAGAUCAACCCUGAUAAAAAUGGUCCAGGCUUUGAACCAUGCCAAAAAUGGAGUUGAUAUUCUAUCCGGAACACGGGUGAGAACACAUUUUGCAAGGCCCAACUGGAAGGAAGUAUUCAGUAGCAUAGCAAGAAAGCAUCCAAAUUCAACAGUCGGAGUGUUUUACUGCGGCAUACCAACCGUGGCAAAGGAGUUGAAGAAGCAAGCACAAGAAAUGAGUCAAAAAACAACCACACGGUUCGAGUUCCAUAAAGAGAAUUUCUAACUCGAUUGGUACAAGUCAGCUUCUAUCACUUUCCCUAAAGUGAGAUUCAAAUCACACCAACCGUUAUUUUUCUCAUGCUAACUUCACAGUCACUUAGCAAAAAUAGAUUAUAUACACUUUGUCACAAGGAAACAUUGUCCUGCAUGUUUGUAUAGACCCGCCUAAAGGCAUGAAAAUAACA